UCUUGAUAUAAAAAACAUUGAUGGUCGAUAAUUUACUCCUGCGCUGAGGGCCAAGGGGACUUUAAAAUAACCUAACUAUAGCUUAACGUCGGAUUGUUCAACGGACAUCAUGGCUCGACCACGGCCGCGGGAAUACAAGGCAGGAGAUUUGGUUUUUGCUAAAAUGAAGGGAUACCCACACUGGCCGGCGAGGAUUGAUGAGCUUCCAGAGGGAGCUGUCAAACCGCCUGCCAACAAGUAUCCCAUCUUCUUCUUUGGGACUCAUGAAACUGCAUUUCUGGGCCCUAAGGAUCUUCUGCCGUAUAAGGAAUACAAAGACAAAUUUGGCAAGUCCAACAAGAGGAAAGGCUUCAACGAGGGCCUGUGGGAGAUUGAGAAUAACCCUGGAGUCAAGUUCACAGGCUUUCAGGCCAUCCAGCAACAGAGCUCAUCAGAGACAGAAGAAGGGGGCAACGCAGCUGAUGGCAGCAGUGAGGGAGAGGAGGGAGACUCCAUAGAGGAGGAAGAUGACAAGAAGUUGAAGGGAGACAAGACUGGAUCCAAAAGGAAAAAAACGGCCACCUCUAAGAAGUCAUCAAAGCUGUCAAGGAUCUCGUCUGGGGAAGAGGACCUGGAGAAAGACGGGAAGGACGAUGACCAAAAGAGUGGCUCCGAGGGAGGAGAUCCUGACAAUGACAUCAUUCAAAAUACCACUGACAACAAGAACCAGCUGCUCAGAGAGGAACAUUAAAAGCGCAGAGGCCAAUUAAGGGACGUCACACUUGGUUGCCGUGGAUAUUGGAAUUCUGAUCUACCAUUAUGUUUGCUCAUCAGCACCAUCUGUUGGCCACAAAUACAAACACCACACAUCACUUGAACAUGUUUGUACAAGGGAUGCAGUAAUCCUUACUGGCAAUAUCCACUAUCAGGUCAAUACCAGCCCAAAAUCGGGGUUGCACCAGAACACUUUGGCUGUACUUAAAUGUUAAGCCAAUGAGCACAUGCUGAAAAACAAAUUUUCUGCCCUUUUUCCAUUGUUCUGAGUGGCUGAACUCCAUAUUGUCCACGAAAAGGAAUGUUGUAUCUGAACCAAUGCUGACAUUUUUGGUGUUUGAAAUCAGCUUUGCCAGUAAAAAAGUGAUAUUACUGCCUCCCUACCCUGUAUGUGAUAUGAAACGUGUCUAUCAUGUCUCUAGAUCUCUUCGGCCUUGGGGCAGCUAAAACUGCAGAGGAAAGUUGUCUUCUCAGAGCUUCAUAACCAAACAAUGUAAGAUAACCAUAAAUCAAUAUUCAUACAUGCCCAUUAUUACCUCCUUAUCUGAAUCGAAUCAUUCAUGAUUACCAGUCACCAUGUACAAAGAUGUUUGAUAAGAUCUCCAUAUACACACUCAUUUACGGUCUAUGAUAUUUGUUGGGUAUUGCAGUGUACUGAUCACUCUAGUUGUAGCUUGAAAUAGCUUUUUUUUACAAGGAUAAAAAUGGAGGGACUUGUGGAAUCCAGUAACUAUUGAACAUUAUCCAUGACACUAUAUGUUUUAUGUAACCAGAAAAAGACGAAUGGACGUACAUAGAUAAAUGUAUGAAGUGUUGUGCACAACUGGGUUACACAUUGUAACUCAAUAUUAACUCUAUCUGUAUAUUUUACUUUUGUUGUAGAAUAUAGGACUACUAUUUUACUUGGACUGCUCUAGGUAACAGCUCAUCUUUUUAUGGAAAAGUGAUAUAUUGUUUCUUCUGUGUAUCUGUGGGAUAGGUCACUGUAUAUUUCAAAGCUUUUUUAUAGUGGCAUGAUCAACUGUUGUACUCAGAAUCUGUUAUUUUAUGAAGAUUCCAAUUGACCCUUAGUUUUAAAUCAUAUAUUUGUCCUUAAGCGGUGGGUGUGGGAAAAAAAGAAAGAAAACACAACAAAUCUGUGUUUUGUUUGAAGGGACAAUUAACCCCAAAAUCAAAAAUACAUGAUUUUCCUCUUACCUGUACUGCUAUUUAUCCAUCUAGAUCGUUUUGGUGUGAGUUGCUGAGUUUUGGAGAUAUUGGCCGCAGAGAUGUCUGGCUUCUCUCGAAUACAAUGGAACUGGAUGGCACUCGCCUUGUGUUACUCAAAGCGGCAAAAAAUAUAUCUGAAAAACGCAACAGCAAUGUCUCUUUCCAGAAAUCAAGACCUGGUUACUGAAGAUAAUCCACAGACCUUGUUGUGAGCAGUUUCAUGUAGGUGUAGUUCGUUCUAAGAAACUAGUUACUGUAUUUCUUGGUGCUUUUACCAACCCAAGCCAAGUGCCAUCCAGUUCCAUUG